AUGCCCAUGAGCCAGCAGGCAUCAGCGGUCAUGUCGAUCUGCGCCAUGUUAAAAGCCUCUUCAAACCUCACCAUUGCCUUUAACGAAAUCCCCCGCCAUCAAAUCGAGGUCAAACCAGAAGAGGGGGAUUUCACACUCCCAGACGUCCGUCGAAUCCUCGCCUUUCUCUGGUCCGCCUCACCGCACUUGACUGAACCCAAUGCACCAUACGGCGGGCCGGGUUCAGCGACUGCCUCCGGCCUCGAUUUUGCACGCAUUUUCAGCCCCGAUUCACAUGCCUUUCUUUCCGAUGCCAAGUGUCGUGGCGAGCCCACCGAGGCGGUCUUUACCCAUGGCCCACCAGUUGCUGACAAGAUCGACAUGCUCCAACCAUCCUCCAUCCACGGAAUCGACAUCGAGAAGGAGACCUUCCUCUCUAUCGAGACGGCUGGAAAUGUUAACUCUCUCAUGGCCGGCACAGAGAUCUACGUCAAAGACUGGGAAGGGAAGCUGCGCAUUCUUUCCGGGGGCUACAACUUUUCCAGGCUCCUCAACAAAGACCCUACGAAAAGGGCCAUAGGAUUUUCCCAACAUGCCAGCACGUUGGACUCCGACGCUAUAGGUAGUUGGGUCAAAGUCUGCCACGGCAUUGUCGACUUUUGUUUGAACGAAAUCAAGGACCGAGUAGACCAUGCGGUCGAACAGCAGAAGCUACCCAACUCUGACUUGGGGUUCUCUGGUUCGUACACUGCAUCCCAUCUGCUCGAAGAUCUUAACCUCUACUUACAAGCAGCUUAUUACGAAGCUCUCGGCCCAAACCCCUUCGUUCCGGAACUCGCCACCCAUGGCCGUCGCAAACCCGCCAUCAACCUCGACGACGACGAGAACUUGUCCCCGUACACCUUUGGCAUCGAACUCGAAUUCCUUGUGCCUUACACCAGAUCCAAUGACAACCACACCGACGAGACAGAUCAGCGCUGGGUCUACCACAACGACACCCCAACCAUCUUCGCAGCUGAGCCCACCCCAGAGGACGAGCCCGACGAGUUGGCCGCCGCGAUCGACCAGCGCAACAAGGCUUACAACGCCUCAGCGAAUCGCGUAGAGGGGCUUCUCUGCGACGCGGGCCACUUCAGCGCCACGUUUGCCACCCUCUGGGGCCUCCGAAACAACGAAUACCCGGCCAAGGUUUCCCUGCCCGGCUUACAGCCCGUCGCCGACGCUGCGGGCUUUCAGCUUUACUUUGUGAAUGGUGUCGAUGCGGAGUUCCAGUGCUGGUACGUGAAAAAAGACCUCAGCCUCUCCAGCUGGGCUUUCGGUGAAAAGGGGUACGCUGGACACGUGGGGAUGGAAGUGGCCAGUCCCAUCCUGCGAGACUCGCCCGAAGAUUUCGGCAAGGUGAGCGACGUAUUGAGGAUUCUCCGCAGCGGGCUAAGACCGAUGUUGGACAUUGGCUGUGACUUGCACGUCCAUGUGGGCAAUGUUCGCAAAUUUUCUCUCCUCGGCAUGAAGCGCAUCGUCACCUUGCUUCUGUUGGUUGACCCGAUUCUCUACACUAUCGUACACCCGUCGCGAAAGUAUAACGCCUUGACGCUGCCUUUCCACCAAGAUGCGAGGGUCAUGAAUGACGGCCAGGACCUGCCCGACUACACCGCAGCGUCUGGUUUCAACGACGAGGAGAAGGAGGCGGAAGGUAAGCCCUCACAGGCGGUCGAGGCAAGGGUGCUCUUGGACUUGGAGGCCCACGUCCCCAUAAGCCAAUUGCCCCGGAAAGUCCGGAAUGAGCUGGCUCAGCUCUGGUCCAUGGACAAUCUCGACGAUUUUACGAGUGAACUCCGGCCAUUUCGUGGGUGCAGGGGCGGCACUGCCUUCGUUACAUGUAGGCUCAUUGAAAACCACUCAGUGCCGAGCACCGGCCGAUGUAUCGAGGGCACCAUCGAGUUCAGGAUGCUCGAAGGCACGCUUGAUCCGGAGCUGAUCACGCGUUGGACCAAAUUGCUGCUCAGAGUAGUGGAAAGAGCAGAGGCCACGACAACGAGCGAGUACUUUGAGAUGCUUGCUGCCCUUGCAGAAGAGCGAGAAAGCGAUGACGAGAACCUGGCUGCAUUGCUCGGUGCUCUCGGGCUUGAGAAGCACCUACCGUUCUGGCGGAAGGCCCUACAGAAGAAUCAAGCUUUGGACAUCAAGCUGGUGGAGACUGAUCAGUUUGGGCUGAAGAUCCUGCCCGAAAAGUGGGAGUUGCCCCAAUUCAGAGAGUAUAAAGGCGAGUACAAGGACAAGCAGGCGCGCAAACGGGAUUGGUAUGAGCAGCACGUCUUCAGACUCCCGGAGCUUGACGACGAUACUUUGGACAGGGUGAGAGAUAUUCUUUGA